AUGAAAAGUCUUGAAAUAUUAUUGGUUAAUUCAACUUUUAUGAUACUACAUCCAAAAUAUUCUAACAGGAGGCCAAAUCGAACCGGAGUAAAGUGGAAGGCGUUCGACAAACUCUGUGACAGCAUAAAAACCUUUUUGGCUAGUAGGGGUUUUAAUGAAAUUCAAGUGUAUCACAACGUGACCAUCAAGACUCUGUAUGAAGCACUAUCUGAGUGGGCAAUAGCGUUUAAGGAUUUUGCAUACUCCAGUUUAUGUCAAAUUUUUAAAGAAGAAUCAAACACUACCGACGAUGGAGAACUUAAAAAAGCCACUGGAAAAUUAUGGAAUCAAAUCACGAGUUGCUUUUCAAACCAGGUCAAACAAAAAGAGACUAAAGAGAGUGAAAAAGUUGAAAAAAACACACGUGAAUUGGAAAGGAUCAGACAACCAGUGGUCAAUAAUGAUUUCGACUCGGGAUUAUUCCAGGGACAAUUAGGAUAUGCUUAUGGUGCUAUGAAACCCCAAGAAGAAUCUGGGGUUGUAUGCUCGAAAUAUCGAUUGCGUUACAACGCAGCGGCACCAAAAAAACUCAUACUUUUGAAAAUAUACGUAUCUUAA